GCCUUGUAUCGACUGGUGCGCUUCCCUUUUUCUUCAUUUUCAUAUUCCUUUUGUCUGAUCAAUUCAUGAUCUCAUGGAUGACGAAAUUAAACAACAGACCAGACUUAUAGUAAACACUUACUACAAAUUUAAUCAUCCAUCUUUAAAUCUUCUGCACUCUCCAAUCUCAAAAAUUAUAUAAUUACAGUAAAUAUUGAGUCCAAUUGAGAAAAAUAUGGUGGGGAAAAUAGCCAGUGCCUGGGCUGCCAGGGACUCAUCUGGUCAUCUUUCACCUUACUCUUUCCAUCUCAGGGAAAAAGGCCCCGAGGAUGUGGUGUUGAAAGUGUUGUACUGUGGAGUUGACCAUACAGACCUUCAUCAGGCCAGGGGUGAACUGACUAGCAGCAUCACCAAAUACCCUUUUGUUCCAGGCCAUGAAAUUGUUGGAGAAAUUGUUGAGCUUGGAUCACUAGUUAAGAAAUUCAAAGAAGGGGAUAUAGUUGGAGUUGGAGGGAUUAUUGGCUCUUGUGGAGAAUGUAGUUUAUGCAAAUCCAAUUUGGAGCAAUAUUGCAGUAACAAAGUGUUCACUUACAACCACAUCUACAACGACGGGACCCCCACGCACGGCGGAUUUUCUUCCGCUAUGGUUGUUCAUCACAGUUUUGCAGUUAAAAUCCCGGACAAGCUGGCGCCAGAACAGGCUGCCCCGCUGUUAUGCGCAGGCGUGACUGCUUAUAGUCCUCUCAAACAAUUCGAGGGUAUUUCUGGAAAAGUCAUCAGCGGAGGAGUAUUAGGAUUGGGAGGCGUCGGUCACCUGGCUGUCGUAAUAGCAAAAGCAAUGGGCCAUCAUGUGACCGUUAUAAGUUCUUCGGACAAUAAACGGCAAGAGGCAAUCGAGCAUUUGCAAGCUGACUCUUUCCUCGUGAGCACGGAUGAACAUGAAAUGAAUUUGGCAGCCAACAGCCUCGAUUACAUUCUCGACACAGUCCCUGUUGUUCACCCCUUGGAACCCUACCUCAAGCUCUUGAAAGCAGAAGGAAAAUUGGUGAUUGUUGGGGCUGCUACUCGUCCGCUUCAGUUUCUGGCUUCCGACAUAAUUCAAGGGAAAAAGAUGAUCACGGGAAGUUUGCUAGGGAGCAUGAAGGAUAUGGAGGAGCUGCUGGAGAUGUGGGUGGAGAAGGGGUUGAAGAGCUUGAUUGAGGUGGUGAAAAUGGACUAUGUGAAUGAGGCUUUUGAAAGGAUGGGAAAGAAUGAAGUGAGGUACAGGUUCGUGCUUGAUGUAGCCAGCAGUAACCUUUGAGCCAAUGUACAUUUAUUGAAUAAAGUUUGGAUUCGUAUUUGAACAUCAAGAAUUUGUGUAGGGUUGAGAUUUGCAGUUGAAAUUGUCGUGUGGGCCGAGAAUACUUUUCUAUGUUUUGUCUCGUUGUAACAAGUAUUUGGACACGUUUCAUGAUUGUUUUGGUUAUUGGAAAUUGAGUAAUUUAGUUUUGAUUAUCCUAAAAUGAUUAGUUUCUCGAAAGGCAUAACUACACCCUGUAUCGUAAGAUACUAGGAUGAGAAUUGAUCUGUAG